AUGGUGCCUCGUCCAGUUUCAGCAAAACCAAGGAAGGAGGCUCCUCAAGAAGAAGACGACGAUUAUCAGGCAGCUCCACGCCGUGCUGUUUCUUCAUCAAUGGCUGCAGCUCGACGACGCGCAUCAGCUGAUGACGAGACUGAGAAGCCAUCACCUCGACGUGUCGCCAAAUCAUCUGUAGCUACUUCGAGAGACAACUCACCUAGUCGUAAAUCAAAGGCAUCAAAUGACGAUGAUGAAGGAGAACGUGGUCUCUUUUCUGGGGUAGAAAAAUUCUUCCACGGUGACAAGAAACGAGAUACUGCGGCAUCACCUACCAAAUCUGCGUCUUCGGCCUCUUCCUCUCCAUCAAAAUCAUCAACAUCAGCUUCGUCAUCAACGAAGGUCUCACCUACGAGAGAUGGAGCUGGACCAGAUUACGGAUUGUCAUCACCACCAGACUCAGUAAAAUCGAAGACUUCCAAAGUCGCAGCGGCAGAUGCUGCCAAAUGGAAGAGCUCCACCAUCAAGGCACCCGUACAGGUCAAUGCAUUGAUUAAGGAAACAGAUGAGGUGGUAACUGUUAAAGCUUCAAAAGCUAAAGUGACUGUUUCGGAGGGUGUUUUGCCUGGUGGCAUUAAUGUGAGGGUUUAUGCUGCUCCUCUUUCGCAAUUGCUAGAACCGCUGACCGAAGAUUUAGUCGCAUCAGAAGUAUUCGUCAAUGACGAAUCUUUGGGAAUGGUGGAAGAUGUUAAAGGAGACGUUCAAGUGCAAGUACAUCCUGUCGCCGGGGAAUGUGACAAAUUUUCUGUGUCUCUUGCUUUGGCUGAUCCUCGACCAGCUAAAAAAGGAGCCAAAUCAGCACCAGCUCCUACCAACAGUACCAGCAACAAAAAUUCGAUGUUGCUAAAAGCUGGUCCCCUUUCUCGACUGAAUGAUGACGACCACCAAAUCGAAGACGAUGACGUUCCACCUCCUCGUUACAACGAUAAAAAGAAAUCUGCCUCUGCUCCAAUUUCACCUUCCAAAUCACCCAAGAAGCCUACCAAACAGGACGACGAUGAGGAUUAUGAGCUCAUUGAUGAAGUACCAGCUAUGAAAUCACCAGCUCGUAAAUCGUCUCCUGCCAAGAAACUGGUUUACGACGAUGAAUCUGAUGCAUCCUCCAAGCCUACUCCUUCUCGUCGUCCAACCGACAAGAAACAGACAAAGAAACCAGUUCAAUAUAACGACGAAGAAGAAGAGGAAGCGCCUGCUCCAAAAUCUAAACGAGCAUCACCUAAGUACCAACCAGAAGAAGAAGAUGAGGAAGAAGCACCUGCACCAGCGCGUAAAUCUUCUUCUCGAAAAUCCAACGUCUCUGAUGAACGUCCAAUUCGUUCAACUAGUAAAUCAUCGUCUCGAUACCAAGAGUCUGAACAAGACGAUGAUACUAAUUCUACUCAAUUGGGCGGCUUUAAUGACAAUGAAGAUGACGAUUUCAGUCCUCAAGGAAUCAACGGUCACGAUCAAUACGACGAAGAAGAUCAAAACAACAUCAGUGAAGAGGGCGGAGAAUUCGACGAGGACGAUGAAGAGGGCACUCGUGACCUCAAUGGUGUAAAGCCCAAAUCAGCCUUCCGAACUGCUCGUCGUUUCGCAGCUAACCGUCCUUGGGCAGGUGCCAUCGUGGCUCCUUCAAAUGCUUCAGAAGCCGGAGACGCCGAAACUCACACCGAAGACGGCAACCCAGCUGAAACUCUCGUCCUAGAACACAUUCACGGAUACCGUAUGCGAGACUGCUCAAACAACUUGUUUUACGUUGACAAUGACACUAUUGUUUUCAAUGCCGGCUGUGUUGGUGUUGUACACGACUUGGCCAAAAACAAGCAACGAUUCUUUAUGAACAAGCAUAAAGAUGAUGUUGUGUCUCUUGCUCUACACCCAAGUGGUAAAUGGGUUGCUACUGGUGAUAUCGUUACUCGUGAUGAUGGGUGUUACAUCUAUGUUUGGGAUCCACGUAAUCCUGAAGAUGGCAAAUCUGUGGCUAUUCGGGUCGGUGAGAAGAAGUUGGCAAAGGGUGUUGCCGAUACUGAGUUUUCGCCCGAUGGUAAAUGGUUGACAGCUGUUGGCAUGGAUGCUGAACAUACGGUUUACCUCUAUGACUGGCAGAAGAGUACCAAACCUAUAUGCAAGGCGCCAGGUCAUAGUGAUGCGAUCUUUGGAGUUACAUUUAACCCACAAGCCCCCAACGAAUUCGUUACAUACGGUGUCAAGCACGUCAAAUACUGGUCCUUCAACGCUUCCAAAGCUACAUUGGAUGGUGCCCGAGGCUUGUUCGGUUCACGAAAAGUUCAAUCAGUACUCUGCUGUACCUUCCUACCAAAUGGAACCUACGUUACCGGCUCCCAUGGUGGUGAACUAUUGAUUUGGAACAAGAACACUGUCUUGAACGUUAUCGAAGGUGCUCAUCGCGGCCCUGUGUUCUCCAUUACAAGUAUGCCAGAUGGAAACAGUGUGGUUACUGGUGGUAAAGACGCUCGCAUCGUACUGCGAGACUCCAAAUUGCGAGAAAUUGCCAAUGUUGAAGUGGAAUCUGGAAUUCGUAGUUUGUGCUUCAAUGCUGAUGGGUCUCGAUUGUUGGCUGGGUUGGAAGAUUCAGUUAUUCUUGAAAUUGAAGGAUUGAGUAAAGGUGGUAAAGCUAAGGUUGAGAAGAUUAUUGAAGCCCACUCUGCCGCCAAGAUGGAAGAGUUAUGGGGAGCUGAUGUGAAUCCUAAGAAGGACUCGGAGUAUGUCACUGUUGGUGAUGAUUCCAAGGUCAUCAAGUGGGAUGCCAAGCAACGCAAGAUGACCGCUAUUACUGAUCUACCUGGCAAACUUCGAGCUGUAUCAUACAGUCCUGAUGGAUCCAUUCUCGCUAUUGGAAAUACUGAUGGCGAUCUCUUCAUCUUACACGGCGAAGACCUCUCGCAAGCAUGGUCUCAAAAACGCCCAACACGCAAAGACGUCUCUUCGAAAGAACACGCCGUCCAAGUAAUGCGAUUCUCACCAUCCGGUCAAUACCUGGCGGUCGGAACCCACGACGAUUUGGUUGACAUUUACGAUGUUCGAAACCGCAUGCAGCGUGUUGCUAGCUGCAAGGGACAUUCCAGUUUCAUUACCCAUUUGGAUUGGAGUGCUGAUUCCAAGUUUAUUCAGACAAACAGUGGAGAUUAUGAGUUGUUGUACUGGUCUAUUCCAUCAGGAAAGCAAAUCACAUCCGCCUCGUCAAUGAAGGAUGUUCAAUGGAAUACCUUCUCUUGUGUUUUGGGAUGGCCUGUACAAGGAAUCUGGGAAAAGGGGAUGGAAGGAAACGAUAUCAAUGCUGUUGAUCGAAACCCACAACACACAUGCUGUGCUUCUGGUGAUGAUAACUCGUAUGUCAAGCUCCAUCACUGGCCUUGUAAUCAAGAAGGGGCUCCAAGCCGAGGUUACUUGGCUCAUUGCUCGCAUGUCACGAACGUUGCUUUUACUGCUAAGGGAUCUAGGUUAAUCACCACAGGUGGUAUGGAUGGUUGCGUAAUGCAAUGGAUUGUACAGCAGGAAUAG